AUGUUUACCGUGUCUACCGCGCAGGGCAACGGCCAACCCCCGGCCAGCGCCCCGUCUCGCAGCUUGCUGCCGAAAAAGCGUCGUUUUCAGUGCUCGGCGGUGGUUCAGGUCCGAAAGCCUUACUAUGACGACGGCUGGCGCAUAGGUGGAAAGAACAUGUGGAUCGAGGACAAGUUGGAAAGAAACUGGAUGACUGGAAUUCUGUCGGUUGGAGGACCUGGACCUGUGGGUGCGCUUUGGAACGAGCACAUUCCGGCCUAUGGGCGCCCUCUACUGGUUGAUCGGUGGGGCCGAUCCGAUCAGGCUGGUGCGGUUCCAGGUGCGGUGGAGCCAUUGAGAGCCCUAUGA